AUGGCAAAGACGUUCCCCGAAGUGCAGCCCGGCGGCAGCUUGAUCCUUGCAUGGCAAGUCAAGGACAAGAAGGUCCUUGUGGUCGGCGGAGGUGAAGUCGCUGCCGGACGAAUCCUCAACUGCCUCAAUGCCGAUGCCAACGUCACCGUCGUCUGCCCGGCGUCGGGCCUGAACGAAGAGGUCGCCUUCCGAGUGUCGCAGAAACAGAUUACACACGUCGAUCGAGUGUUUGAGCCGUCAGACCUCGAUGGGGCGGACAUGGUGCUGGUGGCCAUUGACGACCCGGCGGCAUCCACUACCAUCUGGAAACUCUGCAAGGAGAAGAAGGUGCCAGCGAACAUUGCUGACGUGCCGCCCGAGUGCGACUUUUACUUUGGGAGCGUACACCGAGACGGUCCGCUGCAGAUCAUGGUCAGCACGAACGGCAAGGGGCCGCGGCUGGCGGCGUCCCUCCGGCGAUUCAUCGCCGCGCAACUGCCCAAGAACUGCGGCAACGCAAUCGAGGCCAUCGGCGAGCUGAGAACGAAGCUACGCAAGGUUGCUCCGAACCCUGAGGACGGACCGAAGCGGAUGCGAUGGAUGUCCAAGGUCAGCGAUUCGUACAAGUGGGAGGACAUGUGCAAUCUCACCGAGGAAGACAUGGAAAACCUCUUGCUCUUCUACCCGGCCAACAAGGUGCCGGCCAUCGACGUCUUGUUUGCGCUGCGGGGCGGCACCGACGUCAAGAAGCUCGACGUGUUUGACGGAUCGUUUGGAUUUAGCAUUGGGAUCUGA